AUGUCCGGCAGCUUCCAUGAGACAUUUGGGCCGAACAGACCGGCGAGUGGCCUGUUCCAGAAUCCGGUGACCCGGCGAGAUCUCACAACACCGUGCGAGGAUGACAGGACACGCCCAAUGCGAGUCAACGAUGCGCCCGAGGGCCUAAUUAUUGCAAAGACAUCCAGUGGCCCCGGGAAUUCAUCCCGCAAUCACCAACAUUCAACUGACAGAAGUAGAAGUCUCCGUCCAACCCGAGACUUGGCGGGCUAG